AGAGUCCCCGGAGCCGCGAGCUGGGAGCGCUGUGCCGGGAGCCGGCAGCCGAGCGCGCCGGGCUGGGGCCGGGGCCGGAGCGGAGCGGAGAGGGAGCGCGCCCGCCCCAGCCCCGAGUCCCGCCGCCUUCCCUCCCGCCGCAGCGCGGGCCCAGCGGCCGCCGCCCCAGCCAUGGAGCAAGACAACAGCCCCCGAAAGAUCCAGUUCACGGUCCCGCUGCUGGAGCCGCACCUUGACCCCGAGGCGGCGGAGCAGAUUCGGAGGCGCCGCCCCACCCCUGCCACCCUCGUGCUGACCAGUGACCAGUCAUCCCCAGAGAUAGAUGAAGACCGGAUCCCCAACCCACAUCUCAAGUCCACUUUGGCAAUGUCUCCACGGCAACGGAAGAAGAUGACAAGGAUCACACCCACAAUGAAAGAGCUCCAGAUGAUGGUUGAACAUCACCUGGGGCAACAGCAGCAAGGAGAGGAACCUGAGGGGGCCGCUGAGAGCACAGGAACCCAGGAGUCCCGCCCACCUGGGAUCCCAGACACAGAAGUGGAGUCAAGGCUGGGCACCUCUGGGACAGCAAAAAAGCCUGCAGAAUGCAUCCCUAAAACUCACGAGAGAGGCAGUAAGGAACCCAGCACAAAAGAACCCUCAACCCAUAUACCACCACUGGAUUCCAAGGGAGCCAACUCGGUCUGAGAGAGGAGGAGGUAUCUUGGGAUCAAGACUGCAGUUUGGGAAUGCAUGGACACCGGAUUUGUUUCUUAUUCCUUCACUUUUGGGGAAAAUCUCUUGUUUUUAAAAAGUGAUAAAUUUGGUGUUAGGUC